AUGGUCCAUGAGCUCUUCUUCGAAAUUGUGCGAGAAAAACAACAUGUUUUCUGUGAUGCGAAAGAUUCGGCUCCUGUUCUUGAACUUAAACGAAUAAUCGAAGGCGUUUUAAAGAUCCCAGUGACAGAUCAAGUACUUGUUCGUUUAUUGGAUGAUAGUACGACUAAUUUCCAGCCCCUUGACGAUAAGAAAACUUUAGCGGAGAGUGGUUUCAAUGUGAAUAAUGCAAAGCUCCUAUUUUGUGUUCCUAUUAGUGCGCAAUUUCAAUUUUGUUUGCUUUUUUUGAAAGAUGAUAACAAGGUGGCUAAACAUAGAAUAUUGCAAGUUUGUAGUUGUUUGUCAAUGUCAGCUGAGGAGCCAUCUCAGCCUGAAGUUGCUGAUGCUUUCACUCAACGUUUCCAAUAUGCUCUCACCAGUCAAGCAGCUGAUCUCUUGAAACUUCCGAAACGGCAACGCAACCAUCGAAGUUACGAGCUCGGUACUCUUGGUCCUGUAACCGAAUUCGUCGGAACACUUGAGCAGAUGCACAGAGAAAGACUGACUUUGCUCACUGAUUUCGCAGCUAUAUGUGCAUCUUUAUGCGCAUCCUGCCCCAAACACUACGCUUACAGGACGGUUUAUUUGGCUCACGUUAUCAAUCAUGUAAUACGAACAAGGAAUCUUGUCAUAUCUAAUAGUCGAAGAUUGUCUCAGGCUACCGAUAAGGGAGAAGCUACCGAGGAUUUGAUCGAAGCUUCGAGAGAUCAAGGUUUUGUUAGGCCGACAGUCCUGAUUCUUUGUCCCUUCAAGAAAGAUGCGUAUGAUAUUGUGGAGAGACUCGAGCGAUUAAUUUUUGGAAAAAACAAAGUCUCGACGUGGAGCAGAGAUCGGUUCCAUAACGAGUUCAAGAGCGAACCUCCUCCUGCUUUCAAAACGAGUAUAUGUGAAGAAUAUAAAGAGUUGAUCACGGGGAACAACGACGACUGCUUUCGGGUUGGAAUAGCUAUUUCCAAAAAAGUUUUAAAACUAUUUGAGGCGUUUGAUAAGUCUGACAUAAUUCUUUGUUCGCCACUUGGUCUUCGCAUGAUUCUUGAUGGAGAUGCUGGUAAAGAAAGUCACCUAAUUUCUAAUAUUCAGAUAGCUGUCGUUGACAAGGCUGACAUAAUGUUACAGCAAAACUGGGAGCAUCUCACCAUUAUCUUUUCUCAUAUGCAUACACAACCUUCCAAAAUAGAAACAGAUAUAUCGCGAGUUAGGCAGUGCUAUAUAGAUGGCUUGUCAAAGUUUUACUGUCAGUUGCUUCUGUUUUCACGGUAUGAGCAUGAACUUUUCUCUGCCCUUAUCUUGGAACAUUCGUUGAAUUAUAGUGGAGUGGUAAUACCGAAUGCAUCUUGCGAUGGCACCCUUGACAAGAUUGAAAUCCCUCUAUGUCAAGAACUACGGCGUUUCGCUGUGGAGAAUCCUUCUGAACAAGCAACUGCAAGGUUCACCUGCUUCAAGGAAUAUUGCGCUGCCACUUUGCUCCCUGGUACAUGUGUGGUUAUUCCGUCCUAUUUCGACUUUGUUCGUGUCAGAAAUCAUUUUAAAAGAAUUGAAGAAAGUUUUGUAGCGUGUCAUGAAUACGCCCCGAAAUCCAAGAUUCUCAGAGCACGAGAUCUAUUUUAUCAUAAACACAAGAAAGUGCUCCUGGUUACCGAGCGGUAUUAUUACUUUAACAGGAAACCUUUGAAGGUUUGUCAUUAG